AUGAAGAAGUGGUUUAGGAGGAAGAAAUCAAGGGGCUUCGAGAUCCAGCGGUAUGAGGACAAAGAAACGCCUCGCUUCCUUCCCCCGUACUAUGCCCCGCCUGCGACCGACCAAGUAAUCGCGAAGCUCCCUAUAUCAGUUCUUCAAAACAUCUUCUUCAUUGUCUGCGCUCACACACGGGACGAGACAUACGAGACCUGCGAGCAGUCUGCUACAGACGAUCUUUGCCCGCUAUGCGACCUACGCGAUCUGGCUCACUGCGCGCAAGUCUCGAGGAAAUGGCGGAGCGCUGCUUCCCCUGUCUUAUACCAUAGCAUACGCAUAGAUGCUGUCCACUACUGCAAACUCGAGGGUAUCCUUGCCGACAGGCGCAGACGCGGAAGGAUUGAUCACAAUGCCAUGCCAGAAGACGUACCGGCAGUUCGACUUCGGCUUCUAGCUAGGACACUACGAGAUCAGUACCGCACCUCUGCCUUGAGCGUCCAGUAUCUGAAGACCCCAUACAUGGUGAGGGAGACAUGCAAGCCGGAUCUUGCUCGGUGUGUGUCGGUAUGCACGAACCUGCGAUACAUCGAUCUACCAGACGGCUGCUACACCAACGACCCGUCCUGCGAUACCUUGAGACAAGAAGUUCAGGGGCGAUGUCCGGAUAUCAGGAAAAUGACAUACAUGGGAGGGUCUGAGGCGAAUCUGGAGCUGCUGGUGGGAGGAAGGCUUUGGCGGAAUCUUGAAGUCAUGGAGCUGUCCAAACUAGAUCUCGACCCAAGAGUUAUCCGGCAAGCCCUUGGAUCUUUGCAGUACCUACGCGCCCUCAAGGUCACGAAUAUGAGAUCGUUCGACGAUAAGCUUCUUCAACAUAGCGAAUUUCUUCCACCUUUCCCACCUGUUACAGAGCUCAUCUUCGAAUAUACGCCCAGUGUCACGCCGGACGGUCUGGCCGCCUACCUUCAACGCCCUGAUACCCAGAACGCGCUCAAGACAUUAUCACUCAAGGAGACUGGCGUCCACCCGUCAACCCUACAGCGGAUCCUAGCUAUUGCCCCGAGAUUGCAGCACCUUUCAAUCGUUGAAGACGUAAAGACUUCCUUGCCGACUGGUGUACCGCCCCUGUCUUCCAAGUCCCUCCGCACUUUCCACUACGAGAUCACUUCCGCCGCUUCUGCAAGUUCAUAUACUAGCACUGCUCCAAGCUACUACUCCUAUCUCGCAUCUUCGCUCCUGUCCAAUGGCCUUCCCAAUCUCAGAGAGCUCUAUGUCCGAGAUGCCAAUUUUCCCGAAUCACUCAUUGACCUAGCACCCCCGAUAGCCCCGUUCGCGUGUGACCCUGACAACUUCUCACCCCAACAAUCUCCAAAUCCGCGAUUUAGCUCAAACAACCCCUUUGCAAAUGUGCAGAGCGGACAGGGACUUCGGCAGGAAUUACAAGUGUUUAGCAAAGGCCUGGAUGAGAUGGAGUGGAAUAUCUUCAGAGUCCAACCUCCAACUGCACCUGGUAGACGCGGCAGUGUCUCGGAGCCAAGACCGAUUAGUAGCUACGGGCUGGGUGAGAAUAUGGACCUUAGGUGGGGACAGGGCACAGGUGCGAGAAGAAGCGUGAUCGUUGGGAAUGGCUUUGGUGGCUUUCUCGCGGUGCCCUCGGACGAUGGGCAGAGGCCGAGUAGCUCAGCUGGCGAGAAGAAGAGGGGCAGUCAGUAUGAUAUGUGGCGUUGA